AUGCGACUGUUGUUCUGGUGCAUCCUCUGUUUCACCCUCAUUACCGCGGGCAAACUGGAGGCCGCGGCCAGAGCUACCAGAUCUUUGGCGUUCCGGAAGGGCAGCGUUUUUUUCUACAGGGUGAAUUACAAGAUCACCACGUUGCCGAACUCGACCAUCUUUGCACAUGCAGCCGGUUUCAAGCUGGUAUGGGAGCUUCCUAGUGGGGCUGCAGCUUUACGAAAGGGAAGGUCCGUAUCUGACGUUCACCAGGCUGCGGAGCUGGUCUACGAAAGCCACGGUUUCAACGGAAGAUCUUGCCUAUUGAAGAACAUCUGCUCGGUGAUGGAGUACGUGAGCCAGAGGGACGGUGUGCUGGCGAAGAUAUUAAAAUUGCUGCUCGGAUCCUACACGAGCAACAGCUCACCGGGGGAGCCUCUUUACUGCGACGUUCACGUCAGGAAUUGCCCCCUAGAGUUGAUCGGAAUCGAUGGUUUUAUGGAGCAAUAA